UGAGCCUUCAGCCAAGUGAAAUUUGAGGUAGCAAUACAUAGCGGUUUUCCAUAAUAAAUUAAGAGAAAAUGUAAUAUUAAACUUGUAAAAUAAUGAAAUUGCUUUUUUAAAAAAAUAAUAACAUUCAAUAUGUCCUUCGAGUGCAUUAAAAUUAAACAAGAGCCGAACACCGAGUCGCCAUCCUCGUCAAAUAAUAUUGUAAAUAAUUAUGAAAAUUCAGAACAAUGUUACAAAAAUAUUAAUAACGAACAAGAAAUAGUUCAAGAUUUAUCUAAGACCGAAUUUGUAAAUAUCAAGAUUGAACCGGAACUGGACAUAACUGAAACCCGAGUUACCUCAUUAACGAGAAAGGAUGUCGACACGAGUGAGUGGCACAGUGUACCAAUUAAAUACGAGCCCCCCAGUGUUAACGUGGAGGUCGCCAUCAAGCAGGAGCCGGAAGAGCCUGAACCUCCAGAGGAAGACAGUUGUAACUACAUUAUACCGGAUAUGUGUCCACCGAAAACGUCAAACAUAUUCAUAAGUGACGUGUCGGAGGAAGUGCUCAGUCUGAAUUCUACAAUCGACGGCAAAUACAUGUGCCCAAUAUGUCAUAAACGUUUCGCAAAUAAGGGGAACGUGCAAAGGCACAUGCUUUUGCAUACGCGCGAAAAACUAGAAUGCAAUGUAUGUUUCCGUCAGUUUGUGAAACAGGGCCACUAUCAGAAGCAUCUGCUAACCCAUUCAACGGAGAAGCGGUACAAGUGCGAAGAGUGCGGGAAAAUGUUCAGGACGUCGUCGAAUUUGGAACAGCACAAACGGAUCCACUUGGCCGUUAAGCCUUACGAAUGCGAGACCUGCUUGAGGCAGUUCGCAGUUAAAGCGAAUCUCGUGAAACAUUUGAAGAGUACUAGCCGAUGCAAGAUGCCGAACCACGAACCGAUCGUCUGCAAAGUCUGCAAUAAAGUUUUCCAAAAGGAGUUUUUGUUGAAGAGCCAUCUCCGCAGACACACGACGGAGCGGCCGUUCGUCUGCGACCGAUGCCAAAUGAGCUUCAAAUAUAAAUCGACGCUCAUCCGACACGUUCAGCUACACAAUGGCGUUAAACCGUAUUCCUGUAAGAUAUGCAGGAAGAAAUUCACACACGCCGGCCUGAUAAAGCCCCACAUGAGGAAACACACCGGAGAGAAGCCCUACACUUGUCCGGUCUGCAACAAAAACUUCGCACACAAACACAACAUGCAAAGACACACACUCAGACACACGAAAGUCAAACACUUGGUCUGCGACGUCUGCAACAAGACGUUCCCAAAGGAGAGUAGGCUCAAGUACCACAUGCGCACACACACCAAAGCGAAGCCCUUCGUGUGCGACGUUUGCGGGAAGAAGUUUUCACACCGACAGAACAUUAUAAGACACUACAGUCGCAAACAUCCGAACGACACAUACGACUGCACAGACACAGACGCCAGUGUCGCGAAGGACGUUUGGGAGAAAGUUAUUAAGUCUAAGAGUAUGGAAGUGAAGUUGGAGAUCACGGAAGUGAAGGAAGACUUGACGGAAGUCGGUGAUAGCGUGUUGGGCGUAGAGAAGUAGCUUGGGACUGUUGUGUUUAGCGGCUUUCAGUGAUUACCACUCGGUAAUAACAUUAGAAUUGCUUUAAAGUGUCCAUAUUGAUGGUCAUCGUCUUGCUACCGUUCGCAACACAAGUGGAAGCGGUUGCAAAUUUUUAUUGACGUUACUGAUCGUAUCAUGUUCAUGUAUUUUGAGGCAAUUCAAUCGUCUCUCUAGUUUUCGUUUGAACUUUUAUCAAAUCUGGCAAACUUUCAAUUUAGUUUUUCAAGUAGAAAUGAAUAGUGGGUACAUACAUUUUAACUGAAUAUUUUUGUUGGCUUAGCUCUGAUAAAUUUAUUUUCGUGCUCAUAAAUAAUGGAAUAAUCUUUAGGAAAAA